AUGGCUAAUCCACUCAGCAAUCGAGUUUACGGACAAGUCACUAUCAAAAAUGAGCAUGACAAUUUUCGUGGCGAUGAAACUCUCUACAUAUCUGUACGCGACUCGCUCCGACACGAUGUCGAAUGUAUUGAACUAGGAUCGACAACGAUUCAAUUACGUCAAGGGCAACGAAUGCCAAUUAAUUAUCAAUGUGUAUUCGAUCCUAACAAAGCGCAUAUGAAAUUUGAACAGAUCAAAUCCAUUCCUGGUGGAAUCACUCUCUCCGCAAGUAUCGAACGAAAAGAUAAACUGCUCUACGUAAACGAUACGAAUCUUCCCUUAGCAGACGAAGUCGACAUCCAACUUGUGAAAGUCGAAUGA